GGGAGAGGCGGACGGAGGCAUGAGAGCCACACACCCCGCUGUCUCCUUCCACAGCCCGGACAAACAAAGCCACCGCAGCCGUUCAUGACAUGAAGCCAGGCCGAGAGGCUCCGCACUGAGAACACGACCCUAAGCAGGGGAGGGAGGGACGGAGGCCUCUGAUUUGACCGCACUGGUACCUCCCUUAUCGACCUUCUCGUCUGCGUGGAUCGGACCAGGAUUUCCCUGGUUAACAUCUGGAGCCGAUGUUUUCAGGACUGAUGGCUCCAGAGUGAUGUGCCAUGGCUUUAAUGAUCCCCCCAGUGAAACUCAAAUGGCUGGAGCACCUGAACAGCUCAUGGAUCACGGAGGACAGCGAGUCCAUCGCCACCAGGGAGGGGGUGUCGGUGCUGUACUCCAAGCUGCUGGCCAACAAGGAGGCGGUGCUGCUUCCCCAGCAGGUCCUGUGUCUAAAGGGCCCCCAGCUCCCAGACUUUGAGCGCGAGUCGCUGUCCAGCGAUGAGCAGGAGCACUACCUGGACGCUCUGCUCAGCAGCCAGCUGGCUCUGGCCAAGAUGGUUUGCUCCGACUCCCCGUUUGCCGCCGCGCUGCGGAAACGGGUCCUGGUGCUGCAGCGCAUCUUCUACGCCCUCUCCAACAAGUACCACGACAAGGGCAAGGUGAAGCAGCAGCAGCACUCCCCAGAGAACAACUCGGGCCUGGCCGACCUGCACUCGGUCAGCGAGCGGCCGCGGUCCAGCACCGACGCCCUCAUCGAGAUGGGCGUCCGCACGGGCCUCAGCCUCCUCUUCGCUCUGCUGCGCCAGAGCUGGUUGAUGCCCCCUCCGCCCGGCCCCGGAGGAGGAGCCGGACCCGGGGGCGGCGGCGGCGGCGGCGGCGGCAUCAACCUGUGCAACGACGUCAUCCACACGGCCAUCGACGUGGUCAGCUCCCUGCCCCCGCUCUCCCUGGCCAACGAGAGCAAGAUCCCCCCGAUGGGGCUGGACUGCCUGGCCCAGGUCACCACCUUCCUGAAGGGCGUCACCAUGCCCAACUCCGGGGCCGACAUCUUAGGCCGGCGCCUGGCGUCGGAGCUGCUGCUGGGGCUGGCGUCCCAGAGGGGCUCCCUGCGCUACCUGCUGGAGUGGAUCGAGAUGGCGCUGGCUGCCUCGGCCCUGGUCAGCACCAUGGACCAGAACCAGGAGGGUCUGAUCGGAUACGACUGCUUCAUGAACAUCCUGAUGCAGAUGAGACGCUCUCUGGGUUCCUCAGCCGACCGGAGCCAGUGGCGGGAACCGACCCGGACGUCUGAGGGUCUGUGUUCUCUGUAUGAAGCAGCUCUGUGCCUGUUUGAAGAAGUGUGUCGCAUGGCCUCAGACUACUCUCGUACCUGCGUGAGUCCCGACAGCAUCCAGACCGGCGAGGCCCCCGUGGUGUCAGAGACCUGUGAGGUCUAUGUGUGGGGCAGCAACAGCAGCCAUCAGCUGGUGGAGGGAACCCAGGAGAAGAUCCUGCAGCCCAAGAUGGCCGCCAGCUUCGCCGACGCUCAGACGAUCGAGGCGGGCCAGUACUGUACCUUUGUGAUCUCGUCUGAUGGGUCAGUGAGGGCCUGUGGGAAGGGCAGCUAUGGGCGUCUGGGUCUGGGCGACUCCAACAACCAGUCGACCCUGAAGAAGCUGACGCUGGAGCCGCACCGGGCCGUGAAGAAGGUGUCCUCGUCCAAGGGCUCGGACGGACACACGCUGGCCUUCACCACCGAGGGGGAGGUCUUCAGCUGGGGGGACGGGGACUACGGCAAGCUGGGCCACGGCAACAGCUCCACACAGAAGUACCCCAAGCUCAUCCAGGGGCCCCUGCAGGGCAAGGUGCUGGUGUGCGUCUCUGCUGGGUACAGACACAGCGCUGCCGUCAGUGAGGACGGAGAACUCUACUCCUGGGGGGAGGGAGACUUCGGACGUCUGGGUCACGGGGACAGUAACAGCAGGAACAUUCCCACCCUGGUGAAAGACAUCAGUAAUGUUGGGGAGGUGUCCUGUGGGAGCUCCCACACCAUCGCGCUGUCCAAGGACGGACGCACCGUCUGGUCCUUUGGAGGAGGAGACAACGGGAAACUGGGUCACGGUGACACCAACCGAGUCUAUAAACCUAAAGUGGUGGAGGCUCUGCAGGGGAUGUUCAUCAGGAAAGUCUGUGCAGGAAGUCAGUCCUCUCUGGCCCUGACCUCCACGGGACAGGUCUAUGCCUGGGGCUGUGGAGCUUGUCUGGGAUGUGGCUCCUCUGAGGCCACAGCGCUCAGACCCAAACUGAUUGAGGAGUUGGCUACGACCAGAGUGGUGGACAUCUCCAUCGGGGACAGCCACUGCCUAGCCCUGUCCCACGACAACGAGGUGUACGCGUGGGGCAACAACUCCAUGGGUCAGUGUGGACAGGGCAACUCCACGGGGCCUAUCACUAAACCCAAGAAGGUGGUGGGUCUGGACGGAGUCGCCAUCCAGCAGAUCUCUGCCGGGACGUCCCACAGCCUGGCCUGGACGGCCCUCCCCAGGGACAGGCAGGUGGUGGCCUGGCAUCGGCCGUACUGCGUGGACCUGGAGGAGAGCACCUUCUCCCACCUGCGCUCCUUCCUCGAACGCUACUGCGACGGCAUCAACAGUGAAGUUCCUCCUCUCCCCUUCCCCUCAUCCAGGGAGCAUCAUAACUUCCUUAAGCUGUGCCUUCGCCUGUUGUCCAAUCACCUGGCUCUGGCUCUGGCCGGGGGCGUGGCCACCAGCAUUCUGGGUCGGCAGGCCAGACCCCUGAGGAACCUGCUGUUCAGACUGAUGGACUCGUCUGUGCCUGAUGAGAUCCAGGAGGCCGUGAUUGAGACUCUGUCCGUGGGGGCGACCAUGUUGCUUCCUCCUCUGAGGGAGAGGAUGGAGCUCCUUCACUCCUUGUUGCCUCAGGGUCCAGACCGAUGGGAGAGUCUCUCCAAAGGACAGAGGAUGCAGCUGGACAUCAUCCUGACCAGCCUGCAGGACCACACCCACGUGGCGUCUCUGCUGGGUUACAGUUCUCCCGCCGACGGCCCGGACGUCCUCUCCUCGGGACCGGCCUUCACCGCCUCCCCCGACGGAGCCUACGGCACCACGGCCGGACACCCCGACACCCACCUGGCCGAGAUCCUGAUGAAGACGCUGCUCAGGAACCUGGGCUUCUACACCGAUCAGGCGUUCGGGGAGCUGGAGAAGAACAGCGAUAAGCUGCAGCAGGGCACCUCCUCCUCGGACAGCAGCCAACCAGCUCACCUCCACCAGCUCCUCUGCUCCCUGCAGAAGCAGCUGUUAGCGUACUGCCACAUCAACUCCGUCACGGAGAACUCGAGCAGUGUGGCUCUGCUGCACAAACACCUCCAGCUCCUCCUGCCUCACGCCACCGACAUCUUCUCCCGCUCGGCUGCUCUGAUCAAAGAAAGUUCCUGGAACGGCAGCAUCAGAGAGAAGCUACAAGAUGUGAUCUACGUGUCGGCUGCCGGCAGCAUGCUCUGUCAGAUCAUCAACUCUCUGCUGCUGCUCCCGGUGUCGGUGGCCCGGCCUCUGCUGAGCCACCUCCUGGACCUGCUGCCCCCCCUGGACCUGCUCAACAGGCUGCUCCCGGCCGCCUCCCCCCUGGAGGACCAGGAGCUGCAGUGGCCCCUGCACGGGACCUCGGACUUUGCUGAGCCGCCCUCGGGGACGUCCCUGCCCCCCCCGGCUGUGUCCUGGGUGUGGCUGGUGGACCUGGAGAGGACGGUGGCCCUGCUGGUGGGCCGCUGCCUCGGUGGGAUGCUGCAGGGAGCCCCCACCUCUCUGGAGGAGCAGGACACCGCCUACUGGCUGAAGACGCCCCUGUUCAGCAACGGCCUGGAGAUGGACAUCCCUCAGCUCGACGUCUGCAUCAGCUCGUUACUGGAGGCGGCUCUGUCUGGUAACGAGGAGCAGAAGCCCUUCGACUGCACUCUGCGUCCUGACCUCAGCGUCCUGGUGGACUUGGCCCUGGGUUCCUCUAAAGAACCUGCCAACAGCCUGUGGAUCAACAUGCUGGACUACGCCAUGAGCAAAGACUGGGACAACGCGUCUCUCAGUAACGAGUCCCUGUUGGACACGGUGUCCAGGUUUGUGUUGGCGGCGUUGCUGAAGCACACGGGGCUGCUGGGCCAAGCCUGUGGAGAGGGAAGGUACCAGCCGUCUAAGACUCUAGCCGAAGUCUAUCGCAGCGUCUACAAGGUCAGGAACCGUCUGCUGGCCUGUAAGAACAUGGACUUCAUCCAGACGAGGUCUUCGUCCAGAGAGAGGAGGAUCUCAGAUAACCAGGACUCGCUGGACAUGGACCCCCAGGAGCACUCGUUCACCCGGACCAUCGACGAGGAGGCGGAGCUGGAGGAGAGGGCCGACCGCGAGAGGGAGGAGGGCCACCAGGAGCAGGACGAGGAGGAGGAGGACCGGGAGCAUGAAGUCAUGACGGCUGGAAAAAUCUUUCAAUGUUUCCUCUCAGCGCGGGAGGUCGCUCGAAGCCGGGACCGAGAACGAGUCACCAGCACCGGGCUGGGCUCCAGCUCCAGGAGCGGAGGAGGAGGAGGAGGAGGCGGAGGAGGAGGUGGGGGAGGAGGAGAGGAGGACGCCAUCUUGUCCCAGGAGGGGAGGAGAGGUAGCUCUGGUCUCCCUGAAGGACAGGACCUGUACACGGCCGCCUGUAACUCUGUGAUCCACCGCUGUGUCCUGCUGCUGCUGGGAGUCAGUCCGGUUCUAGAGGUCACCAAGCAGAACCAGGAGGAGACCCAGACCCACUCAGCCUCAGGAACCCAGGAGAGUCUCAGCUUCAUGACCAGGAGUGAGAGUCUCAGCGCUGAAAGCCGGUCGGUCCAGAACAGCCCCAGUUACCGGCUGAUGAAGUCCCGGAGCGAGUCGGACCUGUCCCAGCCGGAGUCGGACGAGGAGAGCUACACUCUGAGCGGCCGGAGGAACGUGGACCUGGACCUGGCCUUCUCUCAGAAAAAGAGAGGCCUCCUCCACAGCUCUCCAGACUCCCUGGCUGAGUCCUGGUUCCGGGCCAAACUGAGCCGCCAGCGAAGUUACGGUUCAGCGCACUCGUACGAGGAGUCGGACCUGGACCUGAGCCGCUCUCUGGGGAUCCACGCUCUCAUCGACAACAUGGUCAGCUUCAUCAGCGGCGACGUGGGCCUGACGCCGGCCUUCAAGGAGCCAGAGGAAAGUAUGUCCACCAGCCCCCAGGCCACCAUCCUGGCUAUGGAGCAGCAGCAGAGCAGAGCCGAGCUGAGGCUGGAAGCCCUCCACCAGAUCGUGGUGUUGAUCUCUGGUAUGGAGGAGAAGGGGAGCCAGCCAGGGGGAUCAGACCGGUCCAGCGCCGCCUUCCAGUCCUCCUCCCUCCUCACCUCCGUCAGGCUCCAGUUCCUGGCCGGAUGUUUCGGCCUCGGCACCGUGGGAACCGGAGGCCUGAAGAGAGAGAGCGUUCAGCUGCAUCACUACCAGGACGGAGUGAAAGCAGCUAAGAGGAGCCUGCAGAUGGAAAUCCAGACCGCGGUCCACAAGAUCUACCAGCAGCUGUCUGUCACCCUGGAGAGAGCCCUGCAGGCCAACAAGCACCACAUAGAAGCUCAGCAGCGCCUCCUGCUGGUGACCGUGUUCGCCCUGAGUGUCCGCUACCAGCCGGUGGACGUGUCCCUGGCCAUCUCCAGUGGGCUCCUGAACGUCCUGUCCCAGCUCUGUGGCACAGAGACCAUGCUGGGGCAGCCCCUCCAGCUGCUGCAGAAACCCGGGGUGUCCCAGCUCAGCACGGCCCUGAAGGUGGCGUCCACACGGCUGCUGCAGAUCCUGGCCAUCAGCACCGGGACGUACGCAGACAAGCUGAGCCCGAAGGUGGUCCAGUCUCUGCUGGACCUGCUCUGCAGUCAGCUGAAGAACCUGCUGUCUCAGGCCGGAGUCAGUCUCCUGUCUCCAGGGAAAGAGCAGGAGGACACAAAAUACGAGGACAGCGCCGACUCGGAGAAGAAAGACUUCAGAGCGUUGAUCCGUAAGCAGCACACUGCAGAGCUGCACCUCGGGGACUUCCUGGUCUUCCUGAGGAGGGUGGUGUCCUCCAAGGCCAUCCAGUCCAAGAUGGCCUCCCCUAAAUGGACCGAGGUGCUGCUGAACAUCGCAGCGCAGAAGUGCUGCUCAGGCGUCCCUCUGGUGGGGAACCUCAGGACUCGGCUCUUAGCGCUCCAUGUGUUGGAGGCUGUGCUGCCGGCCUGUGAGGCCAACAUGGAGGACGACCAGAUGACUCAGGUGGUGGAGAGGCUCUUCUCGCUGCUGUCUGACUGCAUGUGGGAGGCUCCCAUCGCUCAGGCCAAACAUUCCAUCCAGAUCAAGGAGAAAGUGCAGGAGCUCAAACUGCAGGGAGAAGCCGAGGAGGAGGACGAGAACCUCCCCAUUCAGGAGGUGUCCUUCGACCCGGAGAAGGCCCAGUGCUGCGUGGUGGAAAACGGCCAGGGCCUGACCCACGGCAGCGGGGGCAAAGGCUACGGCUUGGCCUCCACGGGGAUCUCCUCCGGAUGCUACCAGUGGAAGUUUUACAUCGUGAAGGAGAAUAGAGGCAACGAGGGAACCUGCGUCGGCGUCUCUCGCUGGCCCGUGCACGACUUCAACCACCGCACCACGUCGGACAUGUGGCUGUACCGGGCCUACAGCGGGAACCUCUACCACAACGGAGAACAGACCCUGACCCUGAGCAGCUUCACGCAGGGAGACUUCAUCACCUGCGUCCUGGACAUGGAGGCCAGAACCAUCUCGUUUGGCAAGAACGGAGAGGAACCUAAAUUAGCCUUCGAGGACGUGGACGCCACAGAGCUCUACCCCUGCGUCAUGUUCUACAGCAGCAACCCAGGAGAGAAGGUUAAAAUCUGUGACAUGCAGAUGAGGGGAACGCCCCGAGACCUGCUCCCUGGAGAUCCGGUCUGCAGCCCCAUGGCCACGGUGCUGGCCGAGGCCACCACGCAGCUGAUCCGCAUCCUGCACCGCACCGACCACUGGACCCACCGCAUCAACAAGACCAUGAUUGAGCGGCUCCACAAGAUCAAGCCUUGCUUCAGAGACCCGUCCGGAGCGUCCGGUAACGGCGGCGGUCAGCGGCUGAAAAAGAGUCGCUCGGUGCAGAGCCGCGAGGAGCACGAGAACCAGAACCAAGAGAUGCCGGCCAAGAUGGAGGAGGAACGCGGUCGCCACGGACGCCAGCACGGCCUCGGGGAGCUGUCGGAGCUCCACCUCAGGACGCUCUGCACCGACGUCUGGCCGGUCCUGGCCGUCAUCGGGGGGGCGGACGCCGGCCUCCGUGUCGGCGGCAGAUGCGUGCACAAGCAGACCGGGAGGCACGCCACCCUGCUGGGCGUGGUCAAAGAGGGCAGCACGUCCGCCAAGGUGCAGUGGGACGAGGCCGAGAUCACCAUCAGCUUCCCAACUUUCUGGUCGCCUAGUGACACCCCCCUGUACAACCUGGAGCCCUGCGAGCCGCUGCCCUUCGACGUGGCGCGACUCCGCGGCCUCACCGCCUCGCUGCUGUUCGACCUCACCUACCUCACCAGCAUCCACGAGGAGACGGGCGCCAAGCUCAGCGUGAGACGCCACGAGAAGAAGCACCGCAACGCCGCCUCCACCGGCCACGAGCCCAGCGCCGCCGAGGAGAAGGCGGACGCCGAAGGACACCACCGCGGCGAACAAAGAGACGCGGGAGCCUCGGCCGGAGCGGCGUCGACCACCUCCACCUCCGACCUGCGCGUCUCCCACAGCCUGGAGGAGGUGAAAGCUCACGCGGCCCCCAACUCCAAGUCAGAGAGCGAGAUCUCCUCCGUGGCCGGAGGCAUGGGCGCCGGGAACGAGGCCCUCUUCGCCUCAGCUCCUCACGCUCCCCCCGACGGGAGCAGGAAGAAAGGCCACGAGCACGGAUCACGCAGCCACGAGCCUUCGCCUUCCUCCAUCGCCACGCAGUCCGAGAUCCACGCCGUGCAGCUGUCCUACCUCUACCUGGGCGCCAUGAAGACCCUCAGCGCCCUGCUGAGCUGCAGCAAGUACGCCGAGCUGCUCCUCAUCCCGAAGGUGUUGCCAGAGGCAGCGGCCAGCGGACACAACGCCGACCUGAACGCCGGCAGCAGCGGGAGCACAACGGCCUCCUCCCCGGUUUGCCAGGAGGAGGUGGAGAUGAGGGCGGCGCUGCAGGUCCUCAUGCGCCACAUGGUGAAGAGGGCGGUGAUGCGCUCCCCCAUCAAACGGGCCCUGGGCCUGGCAGACCUGGAGAGGGCCCAGGCCAUGAUCUACAAGCUGGUGGUGAACGGGCUUCUGGAGGAGCCCAGCACAGGGAAGACCAAGACUGGGGUGAGGAGUGAACCAGAAGGGGAGGGUGAAGCCCCCGAGGGUGAACAGCUGGCUCAGACCCCCGUCACCACCAGCCCCUCGGCCUCCAGCACCACCUCCUUCAUGAGCUCCUCCCUGGAGGACACCACCACGGCCACGACGCCCGUCACCGACACCGAGACCGUCCCCGCCUCCGAGUCUCCGGGGGUGAUGCCUCUCAGCCUCCUCAGGCAAAUGUUCUCCAGCUACCCCACCACCACCCUGGUACCGACCCGCCGAGCCCAGACCCCCCCGGUGUCGUCUCUGCCCACGUCUCCUUCAGACGAAGUCGGCCGGAGGCAGAGUCUCACCUCCCCAGACUCUCAGCCCACCAGACCCCAGAACCGGACGGGAACCUCUCUGUCAGACCCCAGCAGCAGACUGUCCACGUCUCCACCUCCUCCUGCCAUCGCUGUGCCUCUGCUGGAGAUGGGCUUCUCCCUACGACAGAUCACCAAAGCUCUGGAGGCCACGGGGGCUCGAGGGGAGGCGGACGCUCAGAACAUCACAGUGCUGGCCAUGUGGAUGAUCGAACACCCAGGAACCGACGACGAACACGACGAGUCUCACUCCAGAGGAGGCGACGGCUCCGACUCGUCCUGUCCUGGCGCCACGGCCUCGGCUGGAGGAAAGUCUCUGGACAGGAGCUCGUACCUGUGUUCACCUGGAGACAUAGCCAGCGCCGACGCUGCCGAGAUGGAGGAGGGCUUCAGCGAGAGUCCUGAGGGUCUGGAGCAGGACAGUGCGGCGUCCUCCAACGGGGCCCCCCUCCGAGGACGCUCUGCCGUGGGGAGGAAGCACCGCUUUGACCUGGCAGCUCGGACACUGUUGGCCCGCGCUGCUGGUCUGUACCGCUCGGUGCAGGCCCACCACAGCCAGACCCGCCGGGAGGUGUCCUCCCUCCAGCAGCAGCAGGACCCCGGCGCCCUGUACGACUUCAACCUGGACGAGGAGCUGGAGAUGGACCUGGACGAGGAGACCAUGGAGGCCAUGUUCGGCCAGGACCUGGCCAGCGACACCGACAUUCUGGGAAUGUGGAUCCCGGAGGUACUGGACUGGCCAACAUGGCAUGUGUGUGAGGCCGACGACCGGGAUGAGGUGGUGGUGUGUGAGCUGUGUGAGGCCAACGUGGCCAACUUCAACCAGCACAUGAAGAAGAGUCACCCGGGAUGCGGGCGCAGCGCCAACCGCCAGGGUUACCGUAGCAACGGGUCCUACGUGGACGGCUGGUUCGGGGGCGAGUGUGGGAGUGGGAACCCCUACUACCUGCUGUGUGGAAGCUGCAGAGAGAAAUACCUGGCCAUCAAGAGCAAGGCCAAGGUUCCUGUGGUGGAGAGGUACAAGGGUCAGGCCCCUGAUCUCCUGGGGAAGCAGGACAGCGUCUACGAAGAGGACUGGGACAUGCUGGACGUGGACGAAGACGAGAAGCUGACAGGGGAGGAGGAGUUUGAGCUGUUAGCCGGUCCGUUGGGUCUCAGCGAGCGAAGGAUCGUCCCGGAGGCCGUCCAGUUCCCCGACAGCGACCCGCUGGGCGCCUCCGUCGCCAUGGUGACGGCUGCCAACAGUAUGGAGGAGACGCUGCUGCAGAUAGGCUGUCAGACGUCGGUGGACAAGAGUUCGUCUGGACGGGUGACGCUGGGGGAGCAGGCGGCCGCUCUGCAGAACCCCCACGACCGGGUGAUGGCUCUGAGGAGGGUGACGGCGGCGGCACAGGUUCUUCUGGCCCGGACCAUGGUGAUGAGGGCCCUGUCCCUGCUGUCAGUCAGCGGAUCCAGCUGCAGCCUCGCGGCCGGUCUGGAGUCUCUGGGUCUGACCGACAUCAGGACUCUGGUCCGGCUCAUGUGCCUGGCGGCGGCGGGCCGAGCCGGCCUCUCCACCAGCCCCACGACGGGCUCAGGCCACGCCGAGAGGCCCCGCGGAGCCGCCAAGGCCAGCAAACCCAUCUCCUGCCUGGCCUACCUCAGCACGGCCGUGGGCUGCCUGGCCUCCAACAGCCCCAACGCCGCCAAGCUGCUGGUCCAGCUCUGCACUCAGAACCUGAUCUCUGCAGCCACCGGCAUGAACCUGACCACGGUGGACGACCCGAUCCAGAGGAAGUUCCUGCCCAGUUUCCUGCGCGGUGUGGCCGAGGAGAACAAACUCAUCACGUCUCCGAACUUCGUGGUGACUCAGGCUCUGGUGGCGCUGCUCGCCGACAAAGGAGCUCGACUCCGACCGGCGUACGACAAGGCCGACCUGGAGAAGAGAGCAGGUCUAAUUGCGCAUUUAUAUGCCCACCCUUCCCAUAACCCCUCCGCUGUAGGGCCCCUGGAGCUGGCCAACGCCCUGGCCGCCUGCUGCCUGUCCUCGCGUCUGUCCUCUCAGCACCGCCAGUGGGCGGCUCAGCAGCUGGUCCGGACGCUGGCCGCCCACGACCGGGACAACAACCACAGCCGGCCGCAGACCUUCGCCGACAUGGCGGGCGACCUGAGGAAGUGUUCCUUCAUCAAGCUGGAGGCUCAUCAGAGCAGGGUCAUCACAUGUGGGUGGUGCAGUAAGAAAGGCCUGUUAGCCACGAGCGGCAACGACGGGACGGUCCGAGUCUGGAACGUCACCAAGAACCAGUACAGCCUCCAGCAGACCUGCAUCUUCAACAAAGAUGAUGGUUCUUCAGAGGAGGGGGGGUCUGGUCUCGGUUCUCCCAGUGAUCCUUGUCUGUCGCCUCUGGCCUGGAGCGUCACAGGAAAGUACCUGGCGUCCGCCAUGGAGAAGAUGGUCAACAUCUGGCAAGUCAACGGGGGGAAGGGUCUCCUGGACGUUCAGCCUCACUGGGUGUCGGCGCUGUCGUGGCCCGAGGACGAGGCCGAGUCCUUGUGGUGUGGAGAGCCUAAGGACAUGCUGCUGGUGGGACGUAUGGACGGGUCUCUGGGUCUCAUCGAGGUCCUGGAUUCCUCCACCAUGCACCGCACCGAGCUGGAGCACUGCUACAGGAAGGACGUGGCCGUGAUGCACGUAGCCUGGUUCAGAGAGGACCGGCCGUUUGCUGUGGGCUACGCUGACGGGAAACUACUGAUUGGAUCCAAAGAGCCGCUGGAGAAAGGAGCCGUGGUUGUGAUCGAUGCCCAUAAGGAGUCCAUCACCAGUAUGAGGUGGAGUCCGUCCGGUCUCAUCCUGCUGACUUGUGCCAAAGAGGAGACGGUGAAGCUGUGGGCGAGUCCUGACUCCCACCCUGACUCCGGGUGGCGCUGCCUGCAGAGCCUCCGACACCCGUCGCUGGUCAACGGCGUGGCCUGGUGCAGCUCGGCAGGACGGGGGCCCAGACCCCUCAGCAUGCUGGCCGUUUGCUGUCAGAACGGACUCGUCUCCGUCUGGACCGUCCCUCAAGAAAUCUCCGACUUCCCAGAAUCCUCUGCGUCUGUCUCAGAGGGAUGGUGGGAGACAGACACCAAACCUAGAACCACGUCGUCCCGUUGGCCAGAGGAUGGCGCCGUGUGCGUCUUCCAGCUGAAAGGUCACAUCACGCCGGUGAGGACGUUGGCGUUCAGUCCUGAUGGUCUGGCCCUGGCCUCUGGAGGAGUGGGAGGCCUCAUGAACAUCUGGUCACUGAGGGACGGCUCAGUGAUGCAGACGGUCGUCGCUGGUUCAGGUGCGAUACAGAACAUCGUCUGGAUCCCAGAUGUGGGCGUGGCCGUCUGCUCCAACAGGUCCAAGGACGUCCUGGUGGUGAACUGUUCCAAAGAGUUCAUGGCGUCCAACCAUGUCCUGGCCACGUGCCGCACGGCCCUGAAGAAGCAGGGCGUGGUCGGCCUCAACAUGGCGCCCUGCAUGAGAGCCUUCCUGGAGAGGCUGCCCGUCAUGCUGCAGGAGCAGUACGCCUACGAGAAGCCUCAUGUGGUCUGUGGGGAGCAGCUGGUCCACAGCCCCUACAUGCAGUGCCUGGCCUCCCUGGCCGUGGGGCUCCACCUGGACCAGCUCCUGUGUCGCCCCCCGGUGGCCCCUCACCUGCGGCGCUGCCCCCCCGAGUCCGGCACCUCCGUCUGGAGCGCCAGCGAGUGGGCGUGGCUAGACUGCUUCUCUACCACGGUGAAGGCGGCCGAGGCCCUCGCACGGGGCGCCACCUUCCCAGAGUCCUUCUCCGUCCCCGACCUGGAGCCGGUGGCCAAGGAGGAGAUGACGCUGCUCAUGGACAACAGUAAAUGGGGGGCGGGGAUGGACGAGCAGAUCAUGUCCUGGGCCACGUCCAGACCAGAGGACUGGCACCUGGGGGGGAAGUGUGACGUGUUCCUGUGGGGGGCGGGACGCCACGGACAGCUGGCCGAGGCCGGCAGGAACAUCCUGGUCCCGACCACGGCGCCGUCCUUCUCCCAGGCUCAGCAGGUGGUGUGUGGUCAGAACUGUACCUUCGUGAUCCAGCCCAACGGGACGGUGUUGGCCUGUGGGGAGGGCAGCUAUGGACGCCUGGGACAGGGCAACUCAGACGACCUCCACGUCCUCACCGUCAUCUCCGCCCUGCAAGGUUUCGUGGUGACCCAGCUGGUGACGUCCUGUGGUAGUGAUGGUCACUCCAUGGCGCUGACGGAGAGCGGCGAGGUCUUCAGCUGGGGGGACGGUGACUAUGGGAAGCUGGGCCACGGGAACAGUGAUCGCCAGAGGAGACCCCGGCAGAUCGAAGCCCUCCAGGGCGAGGAGGUGGUGCAGAUGUCCUGUGGCUUCAAACACUCAGCUGUGGUCACAGCUGAUGGGAAACUGUUCACCUUUGGUAACGGGGACUAUGGCAGACUGGGUCUGGGCAACACCUCCAACAAGAAGCUCCCAGAGAAGGUCACGGCUCUGGAGGGGUACCAGGUUGGCCAGGUGGCCUGUGGGCUGAACCACACUCUGGUCGUCUCUGCUGAUGGGAUGAUGGUUUGGGCCUUCGGUGAUGGAGACUAUGGGAAACUGGGUCUGGGCAACUCUACGGCCAAGUCCUCCCCCCAGAAAGUGGACGUUCUCUGUGGAAUCGGCAUCAAGAAAGUGGCCUGUGGGACUCAGUUCUCUGUGGCUCUGACCAAAGACGGAAAGGUUUUCACAUUUGGACAAGACCGUCUCAUUGGUCUACCAGAGGGCCGAGCCAGGAACCACAACCGGCCCCAGCAGGUCCCGGCCUUGUCGGGGGUCCAGGUCCAGGAUGUGGCUGUAGGAGCUGAACACACUCUGGUCCUUUCCUCCACGGGAGACGUUUACACCUGGGGGAGCAACUCAGAGGGACAGCUGGGUCUGGGCCAUACGAACCAUGUGAGGGAACCAACGUUGGUGACGAGUCUUCAGGGGAAGAACAUCCAUCAGAUCUCAGCAGGACGCUGCCACAGCUCCGCAUGGACUGCUCCUUCUGCUCCUCCUCGAGCCCCAGGCUCCUCGGUUCCUCUCCAGCUGGGUCUACCCGUGGCCGUUCCUCCUCAGUACAGUGGGCUGAAGGAGGUGAGCAUCGAGGUGGUGAGGGCUCGUCUGCGCCUCCUCUACCACUUCUCUGACCUGAUGUACUCCUCCUGGAGACUCCUCAACCUCAGCCCCAACAACCAGAGCUGUACGUCCCACUACAACGCUGGGACCUGGGGGAUCGUGCAGGGCCAGCUGAGGCCCCUGUUGGCGCCCCGGGUCUACACCCUGCCCAUGGUGCGCUCCAUAGGGAAGACCAUGGUCCAAGGAAAGAACUACGGCCCCCAGAUCACCGUCAAACGCAUCUCCACCCGGGGGCGUAAGUGUAAACCCAUCUUCGUGCAGAUCGCUCGCCAGGUGGUGAAGCUCAACGCGUCCGACCUGCGUCUUCCCUCCAGGGCCUGGAAGGUGAAGCUGGUGGGGGAGGGAGCCGACGACGCGGGGGGAGUGUUUGACGACACCAUCACAGAGAUGUGUCAGGAGCUGGAGACGGGAGUCGUGGACCUCCUCAUCCCGUCCCCCAACGCCACCGCAGAGGUCGGAUACAACAGAGACAGGUUCCUCCUGAACCCGUCCUCCUGCCUGGACGAACACAUGCUCCAGUUUAAGUUCCUGGGGAUCCUGAUGGGCGUGGCCAUGCGCACCAAGAAGCCCCUGGACCUGCACCUGGCGCCGCUGGUCUGGAAACAGCUGUGCUGCAUCCCCCUGCAGCUGGAAGACCUGGAGGAGGUGGACCUGCUCUACGUGCAGACGCUCAAAAGCAUUCUUCACAUUGAAGACAGCGGCAUCACCGAGGACAAUUUCCAUGAGAUGAUUCCUCUGGAUUCGUUUGUGGGUCAGAGUGCAGACGGUAAAAUGGUUCCUAUCAUCCCGGGAGGAAACAGCAUCCCUCUGACGUUCUCCAACAGGAAGGAGUACGUGGAGAGAGCCAUCGAGUACAGGCUGCAUGAGAUCGACCGCCAGGUGGCGGCGGUCCGUGAGGGGAUGUCCUGGAUCGUCCCGGUGCCGCUGUUGUCUCUGCUGACGGCCAAGCAGCUGGAGCAGAUGGUCUGUGGGAUGCCCGAGAUCUGCUGCGACGUGCUGAAGAAGGUGGUGCGGUACCGGGAGGUGGACGAGCAGCACGCCCUGGUCCAGUGGUUCUGGCAGACCCUGGAGGAGUUCUCCAACGAGGAGCGAGUCCUCUUCAUGCGCUUCGUCUCCGGACGCUCACGCCUCCCGGCCAACACCGCAGACAUCUCGCAGAGGUUCCAGAUCAUGAAGGUGGACCGGCCCUACGACAGCCUCCCCACCUCCCAGACCUGCUUCUUCCAGCUGCGCCUGCCGCCGUACUCCAGCCAGACCGUCAUGGCCGAGAGGCUGCGCUACGCCAUCAACAACUGCCGCUCCAUCGACAUGGACAACUACAUGCUCUCCAGGAACGUGGACAACGCCGACGGCUCCGACACCGACUACUGACGCCCCCCCACUUCAGCACCAGAACGCUUGGUCUCCUCUCUGGGGUUUAUUAGUUUUUAUCCACACACCGAUUCACAUGAGGGGAGCAGCUUUUACUUUUUACUCCACGUCCCGAUCUCUGGGUUUCUGCUGCAUGGAGCUCUGUUUCUGUUUGACUGUAUAGCUGGAGGAGGAGGAGCAGGAGGAGGAGCAGGAGGAGGUGGACUGUACAUUGUGUAAAAUGCUUCAUUAGGGAAAUGUUUUGCAUAAUAUCCAUAUUUAUUGUUUUCAUUGCUGACGCUGAGUUUCCCCAAAGCAAACAACAAAAAAACAACAUCAAUAAAAACUGCAUCAGUG